CAAUUUUAAAGCGGAAUAAAAACGAGAGAAAACUAAAGGAAGAAAUAAAAAAGAAACUCAAGAAACACAGCUCGGUCAUCAGCUCACUUUCUUUUUCAUAAAAGAGAACAAAGAUGAAUCGUACGCAAGGAAACGAGCUCUGGGUAUUCGGAUACGGAUCGCUUUGCUGGCAUCCUGGUUUCGCGUAUACGAAAAGCACGACCGGCUACGUGAAGGGUUUCAGCAGGCGAUUCUGGCAAGGCAAUACCACGCAUCGUGGAACGGAAGAAAAGCCCGGACGAGUCGCUACUCUAAUCGAGGACAAAGAGGCUACAGUUUAUGGACGAGCGUUCCAACUUCAGAAUAUUACGGAGAACUUUUCUUAUUUAGAAAACCGCGAAUGUACCUUAGGAGGAUACGACCUGACAACUAUCGCAACGUUUUACAGCCAGCAUGAAGACUUGCAAUUCCCCGUGAUAAUUUACAUUGCCACCAACAAGAACAAACAGUGGCUCGGCGAGACAUCGUUGCAGACUGUAGCGCGCCAAAUCACUGAAUGUUCUGGUCCAAGUGGACAUAACGUCGAAUACCUUUUACGCUUGGCGGAGUUCAUGCACCGUUAUUUGCCAGAGGCGCACGACGAGCAUCUCUUUACACUGGAAAUGUUAGUACGUUCGCGAAUAAAGGAGGAGAACAUGUGCUUGGUGACGUUGAUGGGAAAUAAAAAUUUCGAUGUCGACCUCGAUGAGGACACGGAAUCGGCUGUUCCCGCAGAAGAAGUUAACGAGCGACCCAGGGAGAACCCUUUCCAGUUCAGCGCACGAAUUCCGUCCAAGAGUUUGCGUUGUGUAAAAAUGUAAUCAACUGGAUCGUACAGUUGUAUUUUGCAACUUCGAUCGCACAUCUCUGUAUGAUAAUAUGGUAACGAAUGAAAGAAACAGAAAGUUAUUUUCUUACUAAAGAAACGUGCAAUUUGAGUACAAAUUUUCGAACGUACAAACUAGUAAUGCAAUUACACACUUUCAUAUUGAAUGAAUAUUGAACUAGAGGGACAAUAGUUACUUGAAGAAAAGAGUAAAGAAAAGAACUAGAGUCUAUAUUUAAAAAACAACUAUUUGCAAAUUUUUCCGAGAUCUCACUAAUAACUGUCUCCUUUAUGGAAACUAUACGUGUAGUAUACGUUUGUGAGACGGCUGUGUUAAUUUUGUAUCGCGUAACCGGCGUAACGUGCUGGACACGUGGGUGGACACCUAGAUCGAAUUCCUCUAUGUACAAUUUUAUUAUAA